AACGCGGGGGCAACACCGGGUUCCGGGCCGCCCGGACACCUCCUCGAGAGGAGCCCCGAGAGUGACUCCGAGGGGAAAGCCCCGCUCAGCCCGGGCCCCGCCGCCCCCUUACCUGCCACGGCCACGUGCAGCGGGCCGCCCCGCCGACCCGGAAGGGGAAUGGGAACGCUCGGUGCCCGCCUCGCAGGGGGGUUCGGCCCGAUGGUUGCCGUGACAACGCGGUUCGAAAUGGCGGAGGGCGGGAGGGACCCGAGCCUCUGGGAGAGGGUGUGCGCAGAGUAUGAAGCAGAGCAGCCUAAGUUUCCUGGUGUUCCUAAACCAAAACAUGGAUCUGUGUCUCUGGAAGCAGGACUAUUUCAGCCACCACAUAUUGAACAAUUUGGCUCAGCUUCUGCAGCUGAUACUGUUGUCAAAGAGUUGUUCCCCACACCUGAGGCAGCCUCUGUUACAGAACCACCUGAUCCAAAAACAUGUUCUGCUAAAGAGUACAUAGAGCAUUACAUAUUUCCAGUACUCUUACCUGGAAUAGCUGAACUUCUGCACCACGUAAUGAAGAGGAAGUAUCAUGAGAGAAAAAGGACCAGUUUUAAUGCUUGUGAUUUCCUAAUCGAGUGGUUAUACAACAACGACCCGAAAAGGAAGGAUAAGCCAUUCACAGAAUUCUUUUCCAUUCCUUUUGUUAAGGACUGGCUAAAGGACCAUCCUAGGCGACCGGUUCCACUAUCUCUCCGUCUUUCAGAAGAAGCAGCAAGCAUCAUAAUUCAGUCCUUCUGGAGAGGUUAUCGGGUCCGUUGCAAUGAUGAAAUACAAGAGUUACGUCAGUGGCAAAAGCAGCUGAGAGAGAAGAACAACAUCCGUGAAACAGUGAAGCAGUUCUGGGCUAAGCAGGAAGCCAAAGUGGGAAGCAAAAUGGAAGACUCAGGCGAGCAGACACGAGACAGUUCAGCAUCUCCAUUUUAACCAUUUUAACAUCUCCAUUUCUAACCCUAAGAUUUCUCCUCAAAAUGACAAAACACAGAGCUCAGGAACUGAAGUUUGUGUUAGAAACACUCUUAGCGGUGUAGCUUAAAUUUUUUGUGUUGUAAAUCAAAGACAGGUUAUUUAAGUACACAACAAGCCAAGACAAAAUUCAGUCCUGGUAUAAGUUAAAACAGAUGGAAUUGAACACAUGUAGCCUAAAAUUUUGCAUCUGUGUUUAUUUUGUGUACUUGAACACACACAUGCAUGCUUUUCUGACAGGGACAAAAGUUGGACAAGCUAAAGGGGGUCACACACACAUGUAGGCAAGUGUUAAACUAAGGCAGAAAUUUUAAUUUGGUAUAAGUUGGAGUAACUUCACUGACUUCUGCAGACCUGUGACAAUUACACACAUCCAGGCUCUGUUCAUAACUGUCUGAUUUUCAGAAACACUGAGCCUCUGCAAUUCCAACUGAAGGCAAUGAGGGCUAGGAUUGCUCUGCACUUCUCCAGGGGGAAAAAAGUCAAAGGCUCUUUUGUUACCACUUAUCACAUGUGCUGGGAAUGUGUAAAAUGAAGAUCACAGUGAUAGCAUUUUCAGCAAUUUUGUGUGCAUGUACUUACGUAAGGUGCAGGCAGAAUAAAAACCAGAUUAGGUCUUCUGCUAAGGAUCCCUUAUUACUUUUUAACUCAGUCUUGUCAAGCAUAGCCCUAUUUAGGCUUCUGUAAUCUCACAGAGAAGAUAUUUGCAGCUCUACUACUAAUUCCAGGCAAGUCCAUUCCAGGCAACUCCAUUCAGCCUCUAGGAGCCAGUUUCCUUUAGUUUAACUUAGUUUAGGUUAACUUUAGUUUAACUUAGCUUAUAGUGCACCCACGUUAUCAGCAUAGGACAGGGCAAAGUUUUAGAUGGAUUUUAAUACCAAAUUAACACAAACAUUGUAAGUAAAUAGUAAAGCCUUUAUUCUUGUUAAGAACAGCAUUUUGAAAAUAAAACAUUUGCCCAUGCUUUACAACCUUUGUAGUUUUGUAUAUUUAUGUACAGUCAUCAUGGUACAGAUUGAUUGUCUUCAAAAUCCUUUCAAGAUGUACUUAAGAUACCAGUAUGCAACAAUCAGAGGAAAAAAGGGUACGUUAUAAAACACACAUUAAUACAUUUAAUAAAUAUAUAUUAUCUAUCAAAAAUGAGCUUUAGCUCUCAUCAAUUAAUAAAAAGCACCUGCUUUGUAAUUCUGUAAGUUGGUAAAUAGUCCAAUUGUUUUAUUAUAAAAGCUACAAUGCUCCCUUUUGCAUGGCCUCUGGUUAGACCCAUGGCAUCAAGCUCAAACAAAGCCAACCAAGAUGCCUGUGUUUCAUCUAAGAACAGAAUCAUCUUGUUCUAGAAUAUUUCAUGUACCUUGUUGACAGACACUGUAUGCAUUGAGAGUGUUCUUAUGAUGAUGUUACAUAUUUGCUGGGAAGUGUCAGACACCCUCAACUCUUCUGAAUUCAGGACAGGAUCUGUAAAGUCUGGCUUUGAACUUUUUUCCAGCCCUUGAUCAAAAGCCACUAUUUUAAGUCUUAUUUCAGUAAUAGUUUUUUUCAGAUGCUUUUUUGUUUCCCUUUUCUGCAUGGAAACACUAUGAGCACAUAACCAUCAAGGGACAACAUAGUAGCUUUUAUAGUAUAAAAGCUAAUUAUGAUUAACUGAACUGUGAAAGGCUUGUGCUUACUUACUUACUAUGUUGUUCACAGAUGCUCUACAUUCUAGAUAACUUUCAUAAAAGGCAAAAGCAAACAAUUUGUUUAUUGUAACAAAAAUAUAAGUUAACAUAAAGGUGCCUUUCUUCAAUUAGUUUUAUUUAGGGCACUUUACAUCACAGACUAGGGACCUA